AUGUCAUUCUCCUUCUCGAUUGCCUUUGGCACCUUACAACAAGUGCCCCUCAGCACUCUUACAUUCAGUACCCUCGGCACCCUUGUGAGCGCUGCCCUCGGCACUUCCUACAAUCUACCGUCGGCACUUUUGCAUCAUUCGGCGCGUGCGAUGUCUUCACAUCCCCCCAAUGAUUCGGCAUCUGCCUUCGGCACCCUUACAUCAUUCGGCGUGCGAUGUUUUCACAUCCCCCAAUGA